AUGGUGAGAGAGAAGAGGUGUUUGGAGUGUGGUGACAAGGAGAAUUGCAACGAAGUAGCAGACGAAUACAUCAAGUGUGAGCUAAUGAUUAUAUUAAUCGACUUGGUUCUUCACAAAAUAAAGGCUUAUAGACAUGUACUCUACAAUGUUUUCACUCAAGAAACUAUCUACGUUCAGCAUCUGUUGUGGAAGUUGGUCUUGGCUUAUCUUCUUCUAGAUACUUAUAGAAGCUUGCUAUUGCGAAGAACUAAUGAUGAGUCAAGCGUGCCCUUGAACUCUAUUCUUGCAUCUCUAGAGGUUUUGGUUAAUGUCUUAUCUGCAAACUUUGCAUAUGUUGUCUCAUUUGUACUUGCGUCCAAGAUUAUAUCAAUCGGUGCUUCAAGAAAGGAGAUUCUUUUGGGGGUCUUUAUCUCCAGUUACAUCAAGAUCUUUCUGUUUGCUAUGCCGGUUUGGGAGUUCCCGGUUUCUGUGAUCUUCAUUGUAGAUAUGCUUGUCUUAACAUCAAACGCUGUUGCUCUUAAAGGUCGAAUCUGCUGCUCUGUCUCAAUAAGCUGUCUUAGUGUCUUUCAGUGA